AUGGUCGUCCUCGAUGUCCCUCUCAUGCAGCGCUUCCAGCCCGGUCGUUUUUACAAAGACUCGACGUCCAUCAACGGCCUCGAUUUUCACGAAUCGGAACCGAUUUUAGUCUCCACAUCGGACGACGAUUCGAUACACGUGUACAACACGGAAACCGGUCAACGGACGAAAACUUUAUACAGUAAGAAAUACGGGUGUUCCGGGGUUAGAUUUACGCACAGUAGCGAAGCGAUUUUGUACGCGAGUAAACCGAAAGGAGGAAGCGGAGAUGAAAAAAAGGCGGCAGAUGCCUUGGUGAACGACCACGCGGUGAGGUAUCACUGCAUACACGACAACACGUACUUGAGAUAUUUUCGAGGUCACACCGAUCAAGUGGUAGAUAUUAGCGUCUCUCCGAGAACCGAUCAGUUUUUAACGUCCAGCGUGGACGGGACGACGCGAAUGUGGGAUUUACGGUCGCCGUCGUGCGCGGCUAUUAUAAAAAUCCCAACCGGAGUCCCGAGAGCGCAAUUCGAUCAUCAAGGUUUGAUUUUUGCCGCGACCGCAUCGGUGAACGAGGUUGUGUUAUAUGAUGUUAGGAACUACGAGCAAGGACCGUUCGUCUCGUUUACGGUAGAUCCGGUGUUGAGUAAGUCGGGGGAUCUGCCGACAUACGGCGUGUCGACGAUGAAGUUUUCCAUGGACGGAGAGAGUAUUUUGGUCAUGUGCGGGGGUGUGAUUCAUGUGAUCGAUGCGUUCAACGGAGAGAAAAAGUUGAAACUGAAAGUUCCGGGAGCGGAGUCAUCGUUGGUACCGUUAGAACCGACGUGGACGCCGGAUGGUCAGUUCAUUUUGUGCGCCGGCGGUGGGGAUCAAAAGAUUCACGUGUGGUCGGCUGGCACAGGAGUGGAAUUAGAGCCGUGGAGAAAUAGACACGCCGGUGCGGUUGCGUGUAUGAAAUGGUCGCCGAAUACGGCGCUAGUAGCGAGUGGGUGCACAGAAGGAGGUUUAGCGAUGUACGUGCCGAGUAACGCGAAACGAUAG